AAGGGGCAGUUCACCCAAAAAUGAAAAGUUGAUCAUCAUUUGCUCACACUUAAGUGGCUCUAAACUUUUAUCAGUUCCUCUCUUCUGUGGACCACAAACAGAUGUGCUGAUGAAUUUUUGGGGGGAAUUAGGGGGUUGGAGGGGAGUUAGGUAAGUCAAUGUUUUUCCAACAUUCUUUAGUAUAUUUUCUUUUGCAUUCAAAAGAAGAAACUCAAACAUGCUCAAAACAAGUAAAGGUUGAAAAAAUAACUUUCCCCCUUUAAAUCUCCUAAAAUAAUAACUCUUUGCUUGGUAUAAUUGGAACCUAUAACCAAAGAUUAAAUGAGACCUGUCUGUAGAGACUUUGCAUAAUCAUUGAAUACAUUCUUUCAUGUCUUUUCCAGCAGCUCCUGGAAGAACACUGUCUAAAGCAGAAGAGGAGCGUCACACAUCCAUCGCCAUUGAAACAUGGCUGAAGGACAGAUUUAGGGAUGGAGCUCAAAGGAUGAAGGCAGAGUUUGAUAAACUGGAUCCUGAAAGCACCGGAAAGGUGAGAGGUGCGGACUUUCUGCAGGUGUUGGGAAAGUUUGAUUUGCAUCUGAAAAGAGAGCAGCUGGGUCUGUUUCUGUCUCGCUGUGGUCUGAAGAUUAAAAAGGGUUGCGUGCAGUAUUUGAACUUCCUGCGGACCUUCCAGGACAGAAGCUCAGAUGGCAUUACUCACAAGAUCAUCUACAACCCAAAACACCGGUUUCAUUCUGUCGAAAACGUCAGCUGUGCUUCAUCUCUUAGUGCCAUUGAGGCCAAAUUAAUUCGCCUGUUUCAGUCAGAGUUUCUCUCCCUCCUAAAGACCUUUCAGAACAUUGACAGACUUAAUAAAGGAGCCAUUAGUAAAGAAGAAUUCAGAGCUGCUGUAGAGACCAG